AAAAUUAUAGUUUUUAUUGUUGGUAAGUUAAGUUGACACUAUUUACAAGUAUGGAUGAGCCAAUCGAUACUGAAAAUACAACUUUAUUAAGAGAUUUCAAUGAAACUCAAUCUAAUUAUGAGUGGUCUCCUUUUGUAUACGAAGGACCUGCACAUUUGCCUAUUUUCAAGGUUUCAUUAUAUUUAAACAAUCUUCGGUUUGAUGGAUGCGGCUGUUCAAAAAAAAAAGCUAAAAUAGAUGCAAUAAAGAACUUCAAUUUAUACACUUUAAAUCAUGGUACUAGUUCUAAGGCUAAUAAUACUGUAGAAAGUGAUAUACAAGUUAGGAAAAGAAAACGUACCGAUGAUAUGAUAGAAAACUCACUAUCAAAAACACUUGCGAUAGAACAUCAAGUGGCUGAACAUCAAAAAUCAGCAAUAUGCAUCCUAAAUGAAAUAUUUCCAGAACAAACUUUGAUAUACGAACAUGAGCAGUCCCAUGGUAUAUUAGAAGCAAUUAGUGUCAUUGUUUCUGGUAAUAAGUACAUAGGUUAUGGGAAAAGUAAAAAAGAAGCAAAAGAAAUUGCAUGUCGUAAUGCUUUAAAAUCCUUGUAUGAUGUGCAGCCAAUAGAUAAUAAGUUCAGAAAUCAAAUAGAAAUAUUGCGUACUGAUUAUAAUGAUACUAAAAUUAUUGAUCAUUUUGCUAGAAUUACAGAUAUAGUAUACCAAAAAUUAGAAUUUGAUCAAAUCAAAUUUAAAGAAUACUCAGUCAUUGCAAGUAUUAUUAAAAUGACCAAAGAUGAUUUGAGUUCAGCAGAAGUAAUUUGUUUGGCUACUGGUACAAAAUGUUUAUCUGGUAACUACUUGAGCCUAAGUGGUGAAUCUUUACAUGAUUGCCAUGCAGAAAUACUAACCCGCAGAUGCUUAUUGAAAUUCUUUUAUAAAGAACUCAUGGAAUCAGUAAAAGGUCAUCCUUCUAUAUUUAUCCCAGUUUUUAUCUCAGGUGAUAAAAAAUGUAAGUUCAAAUUAGCAGAAGAUAUAGCAUUUCACUUGUACAUAAACACAGCUCCUUGUGGUGAAGCUAGAGUGUUUAGUUUCUGUGAUACAGAACAACAUUCUAAUUGUUUAAACCGUGGUUUAUUACGAUUAAAAGUCGAAAAUGGUGCAGGCACUAUACCUGGUGUUUGGUAGAGAAGUUCAGACAUACGAUGGCA